AUGCUUAGAGCUUCUUCGCUUCUCUGUUCUUCGACCUCAAUCACUCUUCCACCAGUUCAACUAUUCAAUCCAAAUAUCUCCCUUCAUUUACCAAGCUUCGAGCUAUGUCGUCCAGUCUCGGCUUUGUCUUGUUCUCGAUGUCACUUCAGUGUCGCGAGGGCUCGUGGAAAUUCCAGCUUCAUCGUUCGUAGCACCGCUACUCAGGAAGCUAUUGAAACAAGUAGUAACAGUGGAUUAGAUUUGGUUGAGGUUGGAUUCUUGUCUGGUGUUCAUGGGCUACAAGGGGAGAUUUGCAUCAAACCAAACACUGAUUUUCCUGAUUUACGGUUUUCUAAGCCUGGUAGAAGAUGGUUGAGACAACAAUUGAUGGGACAAGAUACGAUUGAUGAGGUCGAAUUGGUUGAAGGAAGGCCUCAUCCGGCCCAGAAGAGUUGGAUACUCAAGUUUCGAGGGUUGGACAAUGUUGAUCAGGUGAGACAACUCGUUGGCGCAACUCUUCUUGCUGAGGAAGAUGAUCGUCCUGACCUUGACGAAGGAGAGUUUUACACUCGUGAUCUUGUAGGCAUGAGAGUUCUUCUCAAGGAGACUGGUCAACUUGUUGGAACGGUUGCUAAUGUUUUCGACAAUGGAGGAAAUGAUCUUCUACAUGUCUUGCUUGAUUCCUCCAUUGAUGUCUCCAACGGGAGUGCAAAGACUAAUCAGCUUGUGUGGAUACCUUUUGUGGACGCAAUUGUUCCCGAUGUUGAUUUAGAAAGAAAGGAGAUGUAUAUAACUCCUCCGAAGGGACUCCUUGAGGUGAAUAUGCGAGCUGGUGAUCAAUCCAAGAAAGAAAGGCGGCAGCUUGAAUGGAAAGAAAGAAAAAAGCAGCAGAAGCGGCUUAUUGCUGCUAAAAAGAAGUUAUGUGAAUUGGAGCAGAAGCAUGUGUUUGAUGGAUUAAGGUUUGGAGAGAAAUCUCAAAGAAAUUUGCUUGCUGAUCAUAUCGUUGACGUAAACUCCACACUGCUUCAGAAAGCUUUGCAAAGUAUCGAGACCUCACCGAAGAGAUGGAACGUAACUGAGGAAAUCAAUGCGCUGAGAGCUAGAGGAUCAGAAUGUACUCUAAAUGUAUCACGGGAAUGCCUUAGGUUUGAUGCUACUAAAGAGAAAGUGGGUGAUAACUUUAGUUUCCUUCAACAAGGGAAAAAUCUAUUCUCUGAAGGAAAAGUUUCUAUUUGUUUGGUUCUCAAUGAUCACGAGACCGAAGAACUGGAAGGUGAGAAUGGUCCGUUCUCAUACCUUCAUACACUAUUUGAUGACGAGCAGGGGUUCCUAAAGGAAGAAGAACGUGCUUGUGUUCCACUAAUCGUAGUUUCUCCUGAACAUGCCUUUGAAGCUCUGCAGGAGCUAUUUCAGGAUAAUGAUCAUUUUGGAUUUGAAUCAGAAAAGAUCUGGUUUCUCAAAGAGGAAACCCUUCCUGUAGUUUGUAGCUCACCAGAGGAACCCAAAAAGCACAAGAUUUUGAUGAAAUCUCCAUGGGAGAUACUUAAGUCUCCGGUUGGUUCUGGUGGAGUCUUGAGCAUCCUUGCUUCACAUGGAAUUACAGACUCCCUUUCCAGCCUCGGAAUCGAUUAUCUUCAGGUACACAGCAUUGAAACAAAAUCACAACCUCUGCAACAUCACAUUAAUCCGAUGCUCGUUGGAUUCGUGAGCGCAAAAGGAGCAGAGAUUGGGAUUCAACUGACCGGAGAAUCUGAAGUCAAGAACUUUGAAAUGGUAUACUCAGUGAAGUCUCUGAAGAGAUUGAAGGGCAAAAUUGAGCUUGAAGCUGUUAUGACGCUGAAUUCACAUGUUCAGAAGGUUGAAAAAGACUGGAUUGAGUCCGUACCAUCAGAACCGAACUCGUUUGAGUUCCGUUCUGAUAUUUACCGAGUCUUGAGUGAAUGUUCAUCAUCAGCUAAGAUUUGUUUGAUGAACAUCACAGUUUAG